AUGUCGGCGCAAAGAAGUGCAGUAAAGACUACAUACGAGGUCGAUCGUACCAUCCAACCUAUUUACUCGGGUGGAAGUUUAGCAUUGAGCCAAGAUGGGCGCAUUCUGGCCGCGAGCUUGGUAACGCCUUCGGCAUCGCAUCUCAUUGUGUGCUCGCGCUCGCUCUCUAUGCGCUUCUUUGCCCUGAAUGCCUCAGAUACUGAAGACGACACCAUCGAACUCGAGCUUCUUCGUACUCUAAAACCGCAUACAUCUCCUGUGGUUACUUUAGCCACAGAUCGCACCGGAACCUUGGUCGGAACCGGAGGCGCAGACGGUGUGGUCAAGGUCUGGGAUAUUCGCGGUGGUUACACCACACAUACCUUUCACGGCCAUGGUGGUGUUGUAUCAGCGCUACACUUUUUCGAGGUAGAAGUAGCUGAGCGGGAAGAUGCAACCGAAAACAACAAGAAGAGGAAGAGAAAGUCAAAGCAGGAAGAUACAGAGUCCGACCAAGCUCAGGGCGAGAGCCAGAUACAGUUUCGACUAGCGUCUGGUGCAGAAGAUGGCAAGAUACGGAUAUGGGACCUGCACAAGAGGAAGAGCGCUGCAGUGUUGGACUCACAUGUUUCAGUGGUCCGUUCGCUGCACUAUUCACCCCAAGAGAAGGUGCUCAUAUCCGGCAGCAGAGACAAGACUUUGAUCAUGUGGGACUCUCACAGGUGGAAGUCUCAGCGUACCUUGGCUGCACUCGAAGGUAUCGAGAGCGCCGGUUUCAUCGCAGAUGGCAAGAUUCUCUACUCUGGUGGAGAGCAUGGUCGACUACGACUCUGGUCUGUGUCGAAUGGACGGGAACUCACACGAGAGCAAGAGCCUGGCAUUGAGACGGACGAGAUUGUCAACAUUCUCUACUACCCAUCCCUACCGUACUUGAUUACGGUACAUGCCGAUCAAGUGCUCAACUUCCACACCCUCAAAUCUGCCGAAUCUCUUGUUGUGGAAGAGACCAUCGAACCCCUGCCAAUCUUCCGACGCGUCUCUGGAACGCAUGACGAAGUCAUUGACAUUGCAUAUGUUGGACGAGACAAGUCUCUAUUAGCAUUGAAUACAAACUCGGAAGACAUCCGGAUAAUUACGCUGAACGAGUCAGAGGGUGAUGAUGCGACCGAAGGAAGAUACUUUGGUGCCGACGUGGGGUUGCUGAAAGGGCAUGAAGACAUUGUCAUCUGUUUAGACGUGGAUUGGUCUGGGCAUUGGCUAGUCACUGGUGCAAAAGACAACACAGCUCGGUUAUGGCGACUGGAUCCUAAAAAUGAGUCGUAUACCUGUACUGCCGUACUCACUGGUCACGCCGAGUCGCUAGGAGCCAUUGCUCUACCACAUGCAGCUCCCCAGGAAUCGUCAGCAGCCUUUACAGACCCGCUAUCACACCCGCCAGCAUAUAUUGUCACUGGGUCUCAAGACCGGACUGUAAAGCGAUGGGAUACCACAAAAGAAAUGAAGGGCAAGCUACGAGCAAAGUAUACCCGCAAAGCACACGACAAAGAUAUCAAUGCAAUCGACAUUGAUCCCUCAGGAACCCUCUUCGCAUCCGCUUCCCAAGAUCGCACAGUCAAAAUCUACUCUUCCGCAGAAGGAGAAGCUAUAGGUGUCCUCCGUGGCCACAAACGAGGUGUCUGGUCCGUGAAAUUCGCACCUAAAGACUCUCAAGCCCCCAACUCUGGCAACAAAGGCUUGAUCGCAACGGGCAGUGGAGACAAGACAGUCAAGGUCUGGAGUCUAGCAGACUACAGCUGUCUCCUCACUCUCGAAGGCCACUCCAACAGUGUCCUAAAGCUUUCAUGGCUACCCUACCGCCCUGUCGACGCCCGCGACAAACGCGGUCCCCAACUCGCCUCCGCAGCCGGCGACGGCCUGGUAAAGAUCUGGGACUCCAUCUCGGGCGAAACAAUGACAACGCUUGACAACCAUACAGACCGCGUGUGGGCACUAGUAUCGCACCCCACGACCGGUGUGCUGGUCUCAGGAGGCGGUGACAGCGUAAUAACCUUCUGGCGCGACACAACUAGCACCACCCUCGAAGCGGCCACUGCCCAAGAAACCCAACGUGUAGAGCUCGACCAAAAACUCCAAAACUUCGUCUACGCCGGAAACUACCGCGAAGCAAUCGUUCUAGCCCUCCAGAUGGACCAACCAGCCCGGCUCUUCUCCCUCUUCAAAUCAGUCGUAGAAACAGAAUCUCCAGAUUCCGACAGCCUGUCUGGUCUCGCCUCUGUCGACGACGUCAUCGCUUCUCUUGCUGACGAGCAGUUGUACAAGCUUCUCCUUCGUCUGCGUGACUGGAACACUAAUGUUCGGACAGCGCCUGUUGCGCAGAGGAUUCUUUGGACCGUGGUUAAGAGUUUUCCGGCCGAUAGACUGGCGGGGUUGAGGCCGAAGGGCAAGGUGGGGGCUAAGGGCAGCUUGAAGGAUGUCUUGGAUGCGAUGAGGGUUUAUUCCGAGAGGCAUUAUAGGCGCAUUGAGGAAUUGGUGGAUGAGAGCUAUUUGCUAGAUUUCACACUGGGGGAGAUGGAUGAGAUUGUGGGUGGCAUAGGGGGCAUGGGACUGUUGGGGGAGGGCAUGGAGGGGGUGGUCGUUGAGUAG